CGGAUCGUGCAGGCACCCCGGAUCGUGUACUGACAGUACUUCCUGUCGUAAACUACUUGUUGUCUACAGGUUAUUGUUUAGUUUUAAGCUUUUGCGACGUAUGCCUAUUAUUUUUAUUGCUCAACAAGAAAAUCAUCAAAAUAUGCCUAUAAGGAAUGACAGUUUUAUAUCAGAACAGCUUACUUUUUCAAUGUCGAAAAACGAAAGUAUAAACAGAUGACUGUCGUUGCCGGUCUGCUCUAAGUUACUGUAUUACGGUUAUGGCUUGUGCACAGAAAUCUGCUGUUGAGUACCUCCGAAAAUGUAGGCGUGACCUAGUGACUGGUAUGCAAAACCUUCCUCUCAUCACUGAGAAUCUUUAUCAGCAGAAGGUUUUCAAUGUCCAUGAGGUUGAUGCUCUCAAAGCAGAGGAGACCGAGUUUGAUAAAGCCAGAAGUAUACUAGACUGGGUCAUUAAAAAAGGGGAAGAGGCCAGUUACAAGUUACUCAGUAUUUUGGAUUUCACUCGGAAGAGAACGUUACACGUUGAUUUACAUGUCUGGAUAUGUUGUUUCUCCUUUAGGGAAGAUGCAGAUGCUAGCUAUUCAUUUGGCACAAAACCCUGUCAGAACUACCAGAUGGAGCUCAAGACGAAAGCAAAACGUAUCCUGAAAAAUCAGUGGCAACAGAGCUGUAAAUAUCUGCACAACAAGUCACAAACAAACUUCAUUUACAUACCUCUUGUUUUAGAGACAGGCUCUGUGGUGAAAACCGCACACAGCAAAAUAAAGAAAAAGUGCAAAAAGUUCAGAAAACUACGGCCCAAAAAACUGAGAUCUUACAUUCCUGAUAAACAAGAAACACUUUCACCUGAAGAUCUACUGAAAUGGAAAACCAGAAACAUCCUGCUGAUUGGCAAACCUGGAAUAGGAAAGACUACAGUCGUCCAGCAAAUGUUGAAAAUGUGGACAGAAAAGGAUGACAAACAGCCAGACUACGUGUUUUAUUUUGAUGAAACUGUUGUGUCCCACAUUUCCAACCUGGUGAAUUUGAAAUCAUUUUUGUUUGAUGGGUAUUUCACACCAAGAGAAAAAGACAGACGAGAGGUAUUUGAAGACAUUGAGGAAAACUCUGAGAAUGUUGUCAUUGUGUUUGAUGGUGUCACUUCUGUGCAAGAACAUUCCAUCCUGCAGAAGAUUAUGGACCAUGACCUUCUACCUGAGGCGAAGGUCAUAAUAACCUGCAGAACAGAGGUGGAAGAUGAUGUUAUAUCUGACUGGCCCUCACAGAAAGUGUAUGUUCAAGGAUUCAGUGAAGAGUCUAUCAGAAUAUACUAUCAGAUGAUGUUGGGUCACAAUCCUGAUCUUCUGAAUGUGGUGUUGAACAAUCAAGAGCUGUUCAGUCAUCUGUUUGUUUACUCUAGAACACACAUGUGAACAUCCCCAUAAAGGAACACAGUCAAUAGUCCCUCUCCCCAGAUAUUGUGUAUAUUGAUGUUAUACAGAGCAAAACCAUGAAUGUCUUUGUUUGUGCUGGACUGUAAUAUCAAUGUUUAUAUUCCUGUAGGCUUUUCAACAACAGAAUUGAAUCCAGAAAGCUUUUCCUCAAAGACCCACUGUUUGAGAUCUGGUGAUGCCAAAAAGCUGUUUUGGGAGUAAAUGACCCGCUGAUAGAACCUAUAGUGAUCUUCAACGUCGUGGCUGUUGUUCAGAUGGAUUUGGAGAAUCCGUCCCCCAGAGCCCAAGAGAUGAAUGAGGAUAGACCAUCAGUCACAUAUUCAUAUUUAUUUGAUCAUCCUCAGACUUUUUUGUAAACUUUUUAUUGUAUGAAUUCUGAUAUUACAUGUAAGACUUUUUAAUAAUUAUUUCAGUUAUGACCUAAUUUCAAUUGUGUAAAAAUGUGAUUGGAAAUCAUAUUUAGCCUAGUCUUACCUCGGAUAUAUUGACUGUAAAAACAUAUGUGGGAUAUCUGUUCACUCGAUGUAUUGGGUAACUAAACCGGAUUUUAAUAAAACUACAUUGUUAACCUUACAAAAUGUAUUUCAAAUUGAACGUUUUCAUUAAAAACUGUUUAGUGAGCAUUUUAAGGAAAUAUGUCAGUUUAGGUUUAGCGUACUUGUUCUACAAGGAUGUUUGACAGUUCAACUUCAUUCGGGGCUGGCAGACCGAACGUAAUACUGAUGUCAUUAUUAUAAAAACUUGUCAUACACACAGUGCACAACCCGGCAGCAUUACAGUGGAUUGAGGACAAUUCAAAAAGAUCGUUAUACAGAUUCAUAUUCGGCUUUACAGUCACUAAAAUCGUUCAAAGAGAAAAAUAUUUUAUCAAGAAUAUGAUGGACACUUGAAUAAAACCCUAAAAUGAGUAAACAUUCAUCCAACAGGAUUAUGUGAGUAUUGCGGUUUAGAGGAGUCCAUAGAACAUGUUAUUUGUAACUGACAAAAGUACAUUAAUGCGCGAGAAGCAAUGAUGGCAUUGGUAUUAAACAAAACUUCACAUUCACCUAUAAUGUGACAAAAUGCCAGCCUGGCAUCAGCUCGGAUCAACUCCUCCCCUAAAAUUAUUUAAUAUUUAUUUUGUCAUUUUCUUUAGAACAAAAAACAUUCAUUGGCAGUUUGUACAACUUUAUUUCUGGUUAACUUUCUCCAGAAAUUUGCAGAUGACACUCGGCCUCAUCCACAAUGGAGACGAGUCUGCUUACAGACAGGAGGUUGCAGAGCUGGCUGUCUGGUGCAAUCACAACAACCUGGAGCUCAACACGCUCAAAACAGUGGAGAUGAUGGUGGACUUCAGGAGAACCCCCCUGCACUCCCCCCACUCCCCAUCAUGAACAACACUGUGGCUGCAGAAGAGUCAUUCAGGAUCCUGGGCACCACCAUCUCUCUGGACCUGAACUGGGACACACUACUAAAUCAGACAUUAAGAGACUACAUGAACAGUCAGGACUGCUGAGAGGAUUAUUGGUGCCCCCCUGCCCAACCGCCAAGAUCUUUACACCUCCAGAGUGAGAAAAAGGGCCAAGAAAAUCACUUUGGACCCUCUCACCCAGCUCACUCCCUCUUCCAACUGUUGCCAUCUGGCCGGAGCUACAGAGCACUGACCACCAGAACAGCCAGACACAAGAACAGUUUCCCCCCGCAGGUUAUUCUCAGCCUGAGCAAUUAAAAGCUCUUACUACACACUGUCCAUCACGAUUGCGCAUAGCAUCUGGAAACUGUACAUUGUAAGAAACAAUACGUUAAACCUGUAAAUAACUCAUCUGCAACCUCAUUUAAAAAUGAUGUCUCUAUAUAUAUAUUUUUCACUUCUUGUAAAUAGUGCAUUCUUGUUUUCAUUUAAUUCUCAGUUUUUUUAUGUGUACAUUUUCUUCUGCACUAAGCUCCUGUCGCCAAGUCAAACUCCUUGUGUUUAAACAUACUUGGUAAUAAAGCUCCUUCUGAUUCUGAUUUACAUUAUUGACUUUAUUGUAAUUUCGUAAACUUUGUCAAAUUGAUUAUACGGUACUUGUGCAUAGCUGUUAAAAAUGAAAUUUGUAGUUUAAUGUCUAACUGUUGUGUGAAGUGCUUAAAUCAGUGUUUCUCAGGUAGGGAAGGGUUCCUUUCCCCAACGAAAUGGUAAUGCACUUUAUUUACGCAUUUGGCAGACGCUUUUAUCCAAAGCGACUUACAUUGCAUUAUAUUACACAUUUGUAUCUAAGUAUGAGCAAUCCUUUGGAUCGAACACAUGGCCUUGGUGUUGCUAGCACCACGCUCUAACCACUGAGCAACAGGAAAGCUGUCUGUCGUUGUUUUGUCUGCUGGUACAGAAUUUCCGGUUUUCUUUUCAUUCCAUGUCACAAACUUAUCCAUUGCUAACUUUUAUACCCGCUACCCUCUCCACAUUAAAGGUUUUGUGCCGCUUCAAUUAACAUUCCGACGUGAAAUCAUUCUCGAAGGCUAAUAUGCGGUUCCAUGUGACAUUUUCUUCGCAGUCUGAUGUUGUUUUAUGUAAGGCAUUAAAUGUGUUGUUGUUUUG